UUAGGCCGGACGGCACUGUCACCCCCCAGUGGAACCGAAGUCCAGCAGAAACAGACCAUUAAUGGACGGGGAAGAGAGGGAAACGCGAAGAAGACGUCAUCCAUCGUCAACACAUGUCCAGCUUCCACUAACGGCUUUGCUAUUCCGUUGAUAAACGUCUCGAACGAUUCGCUGUCAAUUUGAACGCACCUUGAGUUCCGCAGCCGCGGCAUCACAUUCCACGGAAUCAAGGGGAAGUUUUUGACUCAUAAUCAUAUUGGGGGGAAAUCAUUUCACAUAAGUUUUGCCCUAUUUCCCAUUAUCGCUGAGAGAUAAAAAUGAGGAUGGAUCGGGUCCACUCAUCUAACAGGCCGGAGUCGAGCAAUCUUGCAAGCAAAGGCUCAUCAGUGGUCGCGAUUCAGUGUAUAACAGGAAGCUCAAAGGCAGAGGAAUGGGACGACAACAUGUUACAGACCGGCGACAUGGUUGAGGAAAUAACCAUCGGUCCCGUGUCGAGCGUAAGCGCGCCCUUUGAAGGGGGAAAGAGUGGACUUCAGAAGGUAAUGGGCAAGGCCUACAAGCGAGGGGAGACAUCGAUAGAGGUGAGGGUAAGAAGAGGGGUGGCGAUACAGGGCUGCAUUGUUCCUGGAGAAGGGCCCGUAAGUAAGAAAAAUUACAUGGUGAGGUCUUUGAACGAUCCGAACUAUGCAGUUGGCUUCAUGGAUAUCUCAGAGAGCGAGUGUGUCGCCCUGCAAGGGUCGAGGAGGGUGAGGGUGGAGUCGGCCCUCAGCGAGGCCCAGCUUCAGGAUGGGUUUGUGUCGUAUCCAUGGGAGAAGAAGAUGAAGGAGUUCUUGCCAAUUCCACAUUCCAGUAGCUUUCUCUCUCUACUCGUCCUCCCAAACGCCCCCGAUCGCGUCUCCCCGCGCUACAAUAACCUCAAUGAUACACUGGCCAGGGCACAUGCCUGGUUGACCGCAUCGCAGGCCUCCGGUGUGCCCAUCGACUUCAUGAAUGUCCAGACUGAAGCUUUGCUUACCAAGACAUCAGGGGAGGGGGUUUCAACAACAGUGAAUACAGGAUCAUUAGCGGAUCUCUCAAACAUGUUGAACUCAGGGGUUUAUGGUUUUGAAGAUUACCAUGGUUUGGAUAUUGGUAUUGUUAGAACUGUUCGUCUCUGGUACGCUCCCAGUGCAAGGGAGUUCCCCAUCGAGAUAGAGUUAAUGGAAGGUGAUACCAAGCUCGGAUUCGCCAUUAGUCGCACAGAUGAGGGAUUCAUCCACAUUUCCUCAGUAGCAAACGACGUUGAACAAUCAGUCGCCUCACGCUCAGGGCUAAGCACCCUAUACAAAGCCGCAGUCGCAUCAUCCAAACUAUUGGUAAUAUCUCGGGUUUCAGAUGAAAAGGUUUUGCCAUGGAUGGUCUCAUUUAGCGGUGCUGUACGAUGUUUCGAUACAAUCUCUCUAAGUCAAAAGCUUUCAUUGCACCGUCAUGCUCUCAAACCAAUACUCUUACAUGUGUUCCUGUGGGAUGGGGCACCUGUAAUAAGGCCUGCCCGCAGGACUGUUGCCUCCGGCGUGCUGCCACUGACGCAACAGAUCAUGGCACAGAUGCCCGAGCCGCAGCCUUUGUCGUUGGGGUCGGAGCAGGAGUACGAAGGGAAUGAUGAAGAGGAAAGGCUUAGCAGGGAAUUCUCAUUUAGGAUGAGUGUGGGUUGUGAGGAUAAGUGGCUAUGAUUUGAGGUCUUUUUCUUGUCUUUCCCUUUGUUAUGUGUGUAAAUUCCAUACUUAAUUGGAGGAAGGGGGGAGUUCUUGAUGGCAUGUUGGGUAAUAGAUGUUUGAUAGAACAGGACUGCUUUCCUGUAUAAAUUUAAAACGCAUUUUGUAUCUUGCAAAUGUGGGGAAAUCAUAGAAAACUUUCA